AUGCGUGCUCCAACACUCACAUGCGCCGUGCUCGUCGCCGCCACGCUUGUCCCAUCGCUCGUCGCCGGGGUGCCUCUCUUCAAUGCGCAUCAAACCAACAUCGUGGAUUCGACCAGGCAGCCGACCACAGGAGGAAGUACGCCAUCUCAAUCACUUAAUGUGCCAAGGAGUAUUCCGGCCGAGCUCGAAAGACACGGCCAGUCAAUAGCGUCCAGCGUCAGAUCUCGAAGUGAGCCAGUGCGAGGUGUCAUACAGACAUUGCCAUCAACCUCGAGAAGAAAAACAUUCAGUCACUCGACAUUGUACCGGCGCACAAGUGACGAGGACACGUCUGGCGGAAACGCCUACACUGGAAGCACGGGCGACGUCAGCGGCGGGUCGAUCGAGAACGUGUCCGAAACCCCAGUCAUGCCCACGAUCAUGAAUAUCAAUUCAAACAAUGGCGGUGCAGGCGGCUACUCUGAAUCUGGCUGCGCGUCGGGCGGAAAGACGAAUGACUCGGGAGCCGCGGGAAACGCAUACUCCGGAAGCACCGGGAAUGCGGAGGGGGGAAAAGUGUCUGGUGUUGGUGGGAUGGUGAACUGGAAUUCGAACAAUGCCGGGAAUGCAGGAGUUUCGAAGAGUGGUUGCGCAACCGGUGGGAAUGUCGGGUAUCCCAAGGCCUCAUCGGAGAGGCAAGAUAUGCUAUUGCGUCCUCCUAUCAUAUAA